AUUAAAAUCUAACUUAAAAAAAGAAAAAAAAAAAAGAAAAGGGCUCUUCGGCUGAAACGACGCCACUGUGUCGAGCAAACACGUAAUACGAAGACUCCGGCAAAAGCAGUGGCGCCGCCGCGUACGGAGGCUAGGGUUUUAGCAAGCGGUUAGAUUUCGAGAGAAUUUUAGGGUUUAAGGCCGAGAGAGAAGAAGGAUGUUGUUCAUUAUAGGAUUAGGAUUGGGAGAUGAAAAGGACAUCACUCUCAGAGGCUUAGAAUGUGUGAGGAAAUGCGAAAAGGUUUACAUGGAAGCCUACACUUCUCUCUUGUCCUUCGGUCUUGCUUCCGACGGUAUUUCUUCUCUGGAGAAGCUCUACGGAAAGACUAUUACAGUUGCAGAUCGGGAAAUGGUGGAGGAGAAGGCCGAUCAGAUACUCUCCGAGGCUCGUACCUCUGAUGUUGCUUUUCUGGUUGUUGGCGACGCUUUCGGAGCUACGACACACUCCGAUCUGGUUGUUCGAGCAAAGAGUUUGGGGAUUGAAGUCAGAGUGGUUUACAAUGCAUCUGUGAUGAAUGCAAUUGGAAUUUGUGGCUUGCAACUAUAUCGGUAUGGGGAGACCGUUUCGAUACCGUUUUUUACCGAAACGUGGAAACCGAGUAGCUUCUAUGAGAAGAUUCAGAAAAACCGUGGACUUGGUUUGCACACACUCUGCUUGUUAGAUAUACGAGUAAAGGAGCCAUCGUUGGAGUCUUUAUGCAGGGGAAGGAAAGAGUAUGAACCACCUAGAUUUAUGUCUAUAAACACAGCAAUUGAGCAGCUCUUAGAGGUUGAGCAAAUGGAAGGACAAUCUGUAUACAAUGACGACACGCUGUGUGUCGGAUUUGCUCGUCUCGGAAGCGAAAGUCAGAUGAUUGUAGCGGGAACGAUGAAGCAGUUGAGAAGUAUUGAUUUUGGGUCGCCUCUACAUUGCCUUGUGAUUGUAGGAAAGACCCAUCCUGUUGAAGAAGAAAUGUUGGACUUUUAUAAAUCUGGAACCGAGAAUCUCGAACAGGACGUCGUCAACGUAGCUGUUUAAUUCUUAUCUCAAGGCCAAAAUGGAUAUGAUCCUUCAAAUUUCAGGUUCAAGGUUUCAGAGCCUAGUUGUACCAUUACAUUUUCAAAAGCUGCAAAAUCGGUUUAUUUUCGGUUAAAUUAUCAUUUUGAUCCCUGUACUUUAGGUUAAUUUUAUUUUAGUCAUUGUAAUUUUCAAAAUUUGAACUUUAGCCUCUAUACUUUUUAUAAAUCGAAGGCGGUCCCUUUCAAAGGAUUUUGGAGCA